UUUUUUUUCGCGUCAAAACAAAGCUUUCUUUUUCUUGAGAACAGCUUAGUAAUGAAGCAGUCAUACCCUCUAUAAAUACCAACCUCCUCCGACAAAUCUUUUCUCACAUACAAAUUCUUCUCCUACACCAGAAACCUAACCUCUUUUUCUUUUACUUUGCACGAAGAAGAAAAACCCUAAUGGCACUUCAAGGUCAACAGACUGUGAGUUACCCUAGUUUCAAGCUUGUGAUUGUUGGUGAUGGUGGAACCGGAAAGACUACUUUUGUCAAAAGACAUCUUACUGGAGAAUUCGAGAAGAAAUACGAACCUACAAUUGGUGUUGAAGUUCAUCCAUUGGAUUUCCACACUAAUGUUGGACCGAUUAGGUUCUACUGUUGGGAUACUGCUGGUCAAGAGAAAUUUGGUGGGCUUAGAGAUGGAUACUAUAUCCAUGGGCAAUGUGCAAUAAUCAUGUUUGAUGUUACUGCUCGUUUGACAUACAAGAAUGUCCCAACAUGGCACAGAGAUCUCUGCAGGGUCUGUGAGAAUAUCCCAAUUGUUCUUUGUGGAAACAAGGUUGAUGUCAAGAACAGGCAGGUGAAAGCAAAGCAAGUCACAUUCCACAGGAAGAAGAAUCUGCAAUACUAUGAGAUUUCAGCAAAGAGUAACUACAACUUUGAGAAGCCUUUCUUGUACCUUACCAGAAAGCUUGCAGGUGAUGCUACCAUCCACUUUGUAGAGUCACCAGCUCUUGCCCCUCCCGAAGUUACCAUUGACUUGGUUCAGCAACAACAGAUUGAAAAAGACUUGGAAGAUGCAAGGGCACAACCUCUUCCUGAUGAUGAUGAUGAUGCCUUUCAAAUGGAAUGAGCACUGUUUUUCCUAGUUUUCGUUUAAUUUGACUGCCACACUUUGAUAUUGAUAUCAUUGCAACUUUUUAUACUUCAAUGUGGGUUGUGGGUUGGUUAACUUGGUUUGUUAACAGCAAAGUUUACUAAUUAAGAUUAAAAUUACCAGUUUUUUGUACUAA